AUGACUCGUCCUCCGAAGCAUGAAGGCUCGCCUUCCUUGACCAUAGACGUCGAGAGAGCCAACACUAAAGACAAAGACACCGCUACGAGUUCGGCCAACUCUGUACGAUCGACAGUGCUACAAGACGCAGUGAGUCUCGAGCGGUCCAACUCGUCAUCGUCCAUCAACUUUGAUAAGAUCACCCAAUUACCUACACCCAUCAUCAACAAUGGUUCCUUCUGUCUAUUCCCUCCACCGGAGAUGUCAUUGGUGACACGGCAGCGGAACAACUCGUUAUCUCCACCAAUGCAGUCACAGACCAUCACGAUCCCCAAACAUCCUCAUGGUAACAGCAAUACCAGCAAUGGAGGAGCAGUGCCCUCAGACCUCCACAUGACCUCCACAUCUUCUAGACCGUCACGGGUGUUCUCAGAGUACAGGCCGACACCCGUGGUACGCAAGAAUAGUCUUCUUGACAACAUAAAUGAACGCCAUUCGACCAGAGUGGCUUCCAAUCCGGGUAAUGCCAGCUUUUUGUCCUCGUCUCCGGCUUCGGUGCUGUCUGGAGCCACUUCGGCAUCAGCGUCGACGUCCGCCUCGACGUCUUAUCCAGUUGUACUGAGUGUUCCUCCAAGCAUAACGGAGGGCAUCUACCAAGCUCCUCGUUUGCACACGUUUUACCAGUUCAUUGAAGUGUUGGGGUCUGGAAACUUCUCUAACGUGGUGUUAGCCGUAAACCCGAAAGACUCCGAUGACAUGGUGGUGGUGAAGAUCAUCUCCAUCCCCGCAAACAACAAGGCGGAGAUCUCCAACUUCCGAUCGUUUAUUAAGAGAGAAUUGAAUAUUUUGAACCAGGUCCGACACCCGAGCAUCAUCACCUUAUUGGACUACAAUAUAAAUUUGUCUAUAAGUUCACUGGAGAUCUUGGAUCCUAACUACGAAGACAGUGACACGGAAUCAGAUAGUCAAGACAAAAUGAACACAGACAUGCAGAAUUUACGACAAAACUCCCAGCAGUUCAUAUUUCUUAAUUACUGUCGGGGAGGUAACCUCUUUGAGUUUGCCAAAGAUAACUACGCGUUCAACAAUUUGGCAUAUUGGCUUGUGGUGAAACGAGCUGUAAGUGAACUAAUUUUUGCCGUGGCAUAUUUGCAUAGUUCUAAAAUUGUUCAUCGGGAUUUGAAACUAGAGAAUAUUCUUCUUAAUUACGAGGCCAGCCAAUUGUUCAACUUUGCUCAUCUCCUCAACCAUCCGGAAUGCACCCAGCCAAUCAUAGCACUCACGGACUUUGGGCUAUCGAAACGCUUACAAGGUGACAAUGACCAGCUCUCCACGCGAUGCGGAUCUCAAGACUAUGUUUCUCCGGAGUUACUUAUGGGACUCAAAUACGACGGGAAGCUAACUGAUUCAUGGUCUCUUGGAGUGUUAAUAUAUGCACUCUUAGAGAAUAGACUACCAUUUGAUGCCCCUCCAGUGUCCAGUUCGGCUCCCAGCACCGUUUCACCCUCGGUGUUGAAGAGAAGAAGAACUAAGAAUAAAGCGGCCCAUAGAAUCGCCAUGAUAGACUGGGGUUGGUUCAAAACAGAAGAAUUGUUGGUGGACGAUUCAGUAGACGAACAAGUGAAAUCGAUAGUCGUGGACUUACAAUUGGUGGUGAAACGAUUAUUGGUUAGAAAGGAAAAGAGACCAAGAUUAAAUGAGUUAAUAGAGGAUCCAGACUUUGCUUGGUUUACUGCUUCUGUUCCUCCAUCAAUGUAUGAUUAA